UCUCUCUCUCUCUCUCUCUCUCUCUCUCUUACAACUUACAAGGAAAAAGGAAGGAAGAAAAAAAGCCCUAGACGCUCGAUCUGAAGAUUUUGGAGGUCGGAAUUCAAAAUCUGGGAACUGCUUGUCAUUAACGGCGUUACAGCAACUGGCUUUUGUGUCGUCAUUGUGGCACAAUCGUCAAUCGCCACGGCAGCUACUACCAUUCGAUGAUCUCUGCAUGCACCAUCUGCACCGCCAAUAUUGGUGGAAUCUAUGUGUGGAAAGAUUAGGGAUUUAGGGUUUCAUUGCUCUGGAUGCUUAUUGGGUGUUGGAUAAAUGCUUGUUCCUGGGGAUCUUGGGUUUUCGUGCCUGGCCCUGCUGUCGUUGUUUUUUCCCGUAAUCGGAUUGGUUAUCCGGCACAAAUGGCGGGUAGCCGUUGCGAGGAAGGAGGAAAUCAAGAGGCUUUUGAUUUUGGCUUCUGAGGAGGCAGCUAGGGCAGAGCUCGAAACCGCGGCAGUAUCGGUCUCGCCGCAGUUCCAGUGCGCCGUCUGUUAUUGCCCCACUACAACGCGGUGCGCUCGGUGCAAAGCCGUUCGUUAUUGUUCUGGCAAAUGUCAAAUUAUUCAUUGGCGACAAGGUCACAAAGAAGAAUGCAAUCCACCUAGCAUCACUCACCAGAUUAUCGAUGAGAGGAUCAGUUCUAGUCAGAAGGCAGUAAAGCAAGAAAAAUAUGCAAUUUAUGAUAACAGGUUGGAGACUGAAGGACAGCAGUGUGUGAAACCAAUUGAAACAUUCCUUAGCGAACCUGCAUUUUCUAAACCCAAUUGCUCUCCUGAAGUUUCAUGUGAAGAGGACGAUCACAUUAAAGUUGAGUUCCUUGCAGAUGGGAAUGUAUCAGAUUCCACUUCCAAAUCUUCCAGUACAUCCUUUUCUGGAUUCUCUACGUCCACCGACAGAGCUGAACCAUCUGAUAAUGUUUCUGUUUCCACUACCAGUAGUGAAUUAUCUGAUGAUGUUUCUGUCAGUGAAAGCAUUAAUUCAUAUGAUCCUGAAAAAUCAGAUGGACAUAAAUCUGAUGAUUCUGCCAUGCCUGAGACAAUUUCUAGUAUGAACACACAUCAGACUGAACCAUUCUCCCCAGAGUUCACUGGUUUGGUUGAUUCUGUAAAUAGUUUUACUGGUUCUAGUAAAUUAAAUCAGAUCAAAUCCAGCUGUAGUGAUGUUGAGACACAGAGCAAAUCAAGUAGUUCUGGUUUGAGCAUUAAAAGCUGCAAUGAACGUUCAGUUGCCCAGCCGUCUACAGCCUCUUCUGGAUUCUGGGAAGGAACUCUUGAUUUGAAUAGGACCAGAAAUCAUGCCCAGGAUGAUUCUGCUCAAUCCUAUGCCAGUGGAGCUGAUAGCAAUAUAUCUGAUUCUGAAUCUGUUUUACGUUUUUCUUUCAACUUGUCUGGAAGUACCAUUCCUCCUUUGCAUGCAGAAGUCUCCGAGAGUAAAUCCACUGUGUUAGAUGAUGCUCAUCCAUCUACUCUAGGGAUCAAAAAGCCUAUUGAGGGAGUUGCUUCAUCAGAAAAGAUAAGUACAAAGGCCUUAAAGUUUAGGAACUCACCAUCUUUGGCCUUUGAAAGCUCUAAUCUUGUGGAUAGUGGCCCUAGCAAUGAUUCACAUAAACUGAAGUCCAGAGAAGUUAAACCCUUUUCAUCUAGUGUUUCUAAUGCUCAUCCAUCUUGUAGUACUGGAAGAGAUUCAAUUAGUAUUGAUGCUCCUAAGGCCAGGAGCUCUUCAUCCUUGAGCUCUGAGAGGUCAAACCAUGUUGUUAAUGGCAAAAGUGGUGCCUCACAUCAAUUGAAAUCUAGAGAAGUUGAAUCUUUAUCAUCUGGUGCAUCUGAUCCUCAUUUAUCUUCCAGCACUGAAGGGCAUUCAGUCGCAAGUAUGAGAUCUGGAAAGUCAACAGUUGAUUCUGAUUUGCAUUUAUCUUCUAGCACCAGAGGCCAUCCAGUUCCAAAUGUGAAAUCUGGAAAGGUUGACGGUGUUCACACAGUGGCUGCUAGCUCCUCCCAGAUUGCUAAUCAUUCGCCAAUUGUUAGUAAUGGCCUGAAAACAUCUGUUCGGAAAGUUGUUGACCAAUUCAGACCCUCUAAAUUGUCAAAAUCCCUUCCAUUAGGGGUUGGGAGUGAGAUUGCUGGAAGAUGCAGUGACAAGGGUCUCUUUUCUUACGAAGUGUUUGUCAAGCUUUACAUUUGGAACAAGGUUGAGCUGCGCCCAUGUGGCCUCAUGAAUUGUGGGAACAGCUGUUACGCUAAUGCUGUGCUCCAGUGCUUGGCAUUUACUCCACCUCUUACUUCUUAUUUUCUUCAAGGACUCCACUCCAAAUCAUGUUUAAAGAAAGAAUGGUGUUUCACCUGUGAGUUUGAAAGUCUUAUUUUGAAGGCAAAGGAAGGGAAUUCUCCACUUUCUCCUCUUGGUAUACUGUCCCAAAUAAGAAAUAUUGGAAGUCAUCUUGGUAAUGGGAAAGAAGAAGAUGCGCAUGAAUUUUUAAGGUAUGCUAUUGAUGCAAUGCAAUCUGUUUGUCUUAAGGAAGCUGGGGUGAAUGCUUCAGGCUCUUUGGAAGAGGAAACAUCUCUUAUUGGCCUUACCUUUGGAGGCUACCUUCGUUCAAAGAUAAAAUGCAUGAAGUGCCAUGGUAAAUCUGAGCGGCAUGAGAGAAUGAUGGAUCUUACUGUUGAGAUAGAAGGAGAUAUAGGUACUCUGGAAGAGGCUCUUCAUAAAUUUACUGGCACCGAGAUUCUUGAUGGGGAAAACAAGUACCAAUGUAGCAGAUGCAAAUCUUAUGAGAAAGCCAAAAAGAAGUUGACAGUAUCAGAGGCUCCUAAUAUCCUUACAAUUGCAUUAAAGCGAUUUCAGUCGGGUAAAUUUGGAAAGCUCAAUAAGUCGAUAAGAUUUCCAGAGAUCUUGGACUUGGCUCCAUUUAUGAGCGGGACAAGUGAUAAAUCACCUAUAUACAGGCUUUAUGCAGUGGUGGUACACUUGGAUAUCAUGAAUGCUGCAUUUUCUGGUCACUAUGUGUGUUAUGUGAAAAACAUCCAGAACAAAUGGUUCAAGAUUGAUGACAGCACGGUGAAACCCGUGGAGCUUGAAAGAGUCUUAACAAAAGGGGCAUACAUGCUUCUUUAUGCAAGGUGCUCACCACGGGCCCCAAGAUUGAUAAGAAAUGCAGUAAUUCCUCGCAAUAGAAAAUUGGAAGCUGCUUCUUCCAGAAACAUUGUUAAGAAUACUACAUUCAAGUUAAGGCACGACUCCAUAGAUUCAACUGCUGGCCAGUCUAUGAUACAUUCAAAGCCCACAGCCUACCACAGUAGAAGCCCUGUGGACUGCCCCGCCAGUUUUGAAUCAUUUUAUUCAGAAGAAACAAGGUUUCCCUGGAAGCAAAGGAUUGUAGAAGCUGACUCAUCAAGUGACAAUUCUUCUCUUUUCACUGAAGAAGGUUCGUGCAGUACAGAGAGCAACCGGGAUUCUACAAGCACUGAAGACCUUUCUGAUUACAUAUUUGGUGAUUCAGGACGUGGUUGGAGCAGCCCUUGGACAAAUUCAUCUGACUCUGACACUUCUUCCUCCUCUUCCUCUUUAAGGAGUUCACCCCUUGCUGAGUUGAACCGCUACUCUUCAUGUUCUACCGAAACAAGUCGUUCUCAAACUGAUAAAGCAAAAUUGGUUAUGGAGGGUGAUGGGUUUUGGGCAAGGCCACCCAACGGGAGUAGCAAGCUAGUGGAUAUGGAGGGUAAGGGAGGCAUUCCUUUUUUGCUAUCUGACAUCGCUAAACCGUGUAGAAAGUUAGUUAGUAAUAGUAGUAGUGAUAGUUAUUGUAAGGAGACUGACAAAGAGAAAGUAGGACGGGUUAACCCUUUGGACAGCAUGAAGUUGGGUGUACCUUCUAGGAGAUCAACCCGGGAAAGAACAGAUUAGGCGUUCAUAAUAUUAUAAAAGUUGAGUUUAGAGGGGGAAGGGUGGAAGGAAAUAAGAGCUGGGGAGGUUGCCAGUAGGGGCUGUAUGUAAUGUACUCUUGCUGUUGGCUUUAUCUAAAGUGAUCAGCCAUGGUCAUUUUGUCAUUAUAUUCUUUUCCUCUAUAUUUAUAAUAGGUAAAUAACUAUGUCAACACCAUUUUAGUGUUUGUUGA